AUGGAUGAUUUGAAGGCCUUACUUUGGGUUGGUACGGUUGGUUGUUUGAUCGCUGAAAGAGAGAAUGGUGAACCUACUCGACCUAUAAAUCCGUGGAAUGAGGAGGCCACCUGGUAUAAUGGUGGAUCUUCUACACAGUUUCGAAAGAAUGACGUAUUGGUACGACUGUCAAUUGGUAAUUUGGUGGGCCAAAAAGUGACAGUAAACAAUGUGCCAUGGAUUCCUGACCAUGAUCCGAUGGAGCAGAUUCGUAAGGAUUGGUCUUAUUUCGAGCCAAACCCGAUUCCUCCAUUAAAUAAUGUCACUGUAGUGACAUUCUUAGGUAUUCCAUAUGCCGAGCCACCAGUUUCACAGAGAAGAUUUAAGCCUCCGCAACUUGUUACCAAACUUCCUGGUAAACAACCAUUUCUGGCUCUUCAACAUUCUCCAUCAUGCGCGCAAAAUGUCGAAGCUCGACCAACAUUGUUUAUCAAUGAUCCGUACCCGUUCCAUAUCAGCGAGGAUUGCCUCUACCUGAAUAUAUUCACUCCUAGUACUUCGCUUGUUAGUCGGCCUGUUAUUGUUUUCUUUCAUGGAGGUAAUUUUCAAACUGGUUCUUCAAAUGAAUGGCCCGGCCAUGUAUUAUCUUCUCGGGGUAUCGUUGUUGUCACUGUAAAUUAUCGCCUUGGCGCUUUUGGUUUUUUAAGCUUUGGCGACGCAAACACUGGCAAUUAUGGUUUUCAGGAUCAGAGGACUGCAUUGCAGUUUGUACAGGAUCACAUAGCAUCAUUUGGUGGGGACCCAAGACAGGUGACAAUUGUUGGGCACGAUGCCGGAGCGGUCAGUGUUGGUCUACAUAUGCUAUCACCUUUUUCGAAAAAUUUAUUUCGAGCAGGUGCUGCUUUGUCGGGUGCUGAGAUUUCAUAUCAUUCAACUAUUGGCAAACCUACUCUUGCAUUCAACAAUACCAUGAAACUGGGGCGAUACUUGGGUUGUACGCAGUCAGUAGCAGAACAUGUGUGGGAUUGCAUAUUAACGCGAUCAACUAAUGAUAUUAUACAAGCUGCUCAGACAAUACCGGUGGAAUACAAUCGCUAUCUCUUCUUACCACAUGUCGAUGGUCGAUUCAUUCCAGCUCAUCCAAUGGUUCUUUUGAAUUCUUUUCCGACUGCUAUCACUAGCUAUCCAUCUGCUGUGCCUUAUUUAACAGGUUUCAAUAGAGAAGAUGGCUCCGAGGUAGUACUUGAAGAUCGGCUUUUGGGGGAAUUUAAUGAUUUUAUUUUGGUCGACCAUGAAUACCUUAAAAAUUACGUACUUGAAUAUGCUUUCCGCCACAAUUAUACAACAAAUCGCGAAGCAGUAGCAGAAGCAAUUAUUGACCGUUAUACUUAUUGGCCAGAUGCGUCUGAUAAACGUGCAGUAAUGAAAGAAUUCAUUCAUAUGGUGACGGAUGCUUACUACGUUGCCCCAAUAAGUCUCUCUGCUCACUUACAUUCUGCUGCCGGCUCGCGAGUAUUCAUGUAUGUAAAUAAUUAUGAAUUUGGGCGAGGAUCCAGCCAACAACUUUUCCCAAAUUGGAUGACUGUAUGUCAUGAUUGUGAUUUAUACUUAUUGUUUGGUUUUCCGUUUAUGUCGAAAGAUCUGUUACCGAAGCAUUUUGAAAAUAUAACAUGGACAGACGCCGAUCGAAAUGCUAGUCAGCUUUUAACAUCUAUAUUUCGGCAGUUUGCGACGUAUAUGAACCCAAACAUUCCAACGGAUUCUAGUUGGCUAGCUUUUGAACCGCGGCGACAUUGGUAUCUCAAUUUCAAUUACUCAUUAUUUUCUGAUUUUACUAAACCUGGUACAUUAGAACGCGAUUAUCGUUGGGACUCUGUGUCGUUCUGGAAUAUAUACAUUCCUUCGUUAGUACAGUACAUGACGACAACAUUUCCGUCUCUUGAAGCUAAAAUUCGAAAAGAAUUGGUGAUUUAUCAGAUGUCACUUGGUAUAGUUGUAUGCAUACUGUUUGUAAUUCUUAUGUUGAUGUGUCUUUUUGCUUAUUUGUUAUUUGAGAGGAAUCCAAAAAGAAUCGCGAAUGAAUUGAAUCAUGAAAGGUUGAUACAUAACGUAAAUCAGCACUUUUUGCGGCAAUCGAGUCAAGAAUCAUGUUUGUAA